AUGGAAGCCGCGGAGGAGCAUGGCCAGCCCCUGCGUCGCCUCUACGCCCCGACAAUAGGUGGUGAUCGGCACAAAAGUCCUCCACGCCUGCCAUGCCUUACCCCCUUCCUGACCAAUGAGGCCCCAGCGGGACCCAUGUUUACCCACUUUUGCCAAAACAAUGACACGCAUACGGAGAAGGAAGAAAGGUUGCCCAAAGCAGACAACUUAGCCAAGCCAGAUUUGGAUAACACCACGUUAGUCUAUCGGAGUAUUGUGUUCCAGCUCAACUUUGAUCAGGUUAUUAGAAACGAGGAGAAAUUCAAGGCAACACGUCAAAAAGAUGACCUCGUCGUGGUGGUGCAAGUCCACAACCGCCCGGACUAUCUAAAACUGCUAGUGGACAGUUUACGCAAAGCCAGAGGAGUGGAAGGUUUACUGCUAAUAUUCAGCCACGAUUUCUGGUCGCCCGAGAUCAACCAAGUGGUUUCGUCGGUGGAUUUUUGCCAAGUUUUGCAGAUUUUCUUUCCGUUCAGCAUCCAACUGUACCCGCACGAGUUCCCCGGGCACGACCCCAGGGACUGCCCACGUGACAUACCCAAGAAAGAAGCCUUAAAAGCGGGGUGCAUCAACGCGGAAUACCCGGAUUCUUUCGGGCACUACCGCGAGGCGAAAUUCUCCCAGACAAAACAUCACUGGUGGUGGAAGCUGCAUUUCGUGUGGGAUAGAAUUCAUGCGCUCAAAGACCACAAAGGAUUGGUGUUGUUGAUCGAAGAGGACCACUAUCUUUCGGCAGAUUUCAUCCACUUGUUGAAGCUUAUGUCUGCGUUGAAAAGAGAGCAGUGCCCAGAUUGCGACAUCCUUUCGCUGGGAAGCUACAGCCACAUCGGAUACUCGAGCAAAGCCAACAAAGUGGAAGUUAAACCCUGGAAGUCGACGGAGCACAACAUGGGGAUGGCUUUAAGCAGGGAGACUUAUCAAAAACUAAUUAAAUGCACGGGCACUUUUUGCACUUACGACGACUACAACUGGGACUGGAGUCUGCAGCACUUGACCGUAUCCUGCCUGCCGUCUUAUUGGAAAGUCAUGGUCAGUGAGGCUCCGCGGAUUUUCCACGCCGGAGACUGCGGAAUGCACCACAAGAAGACCGCGUGCAUGCCCAUAAGCCAGAAGACAAAGAUCGAGAACAUCCUCCAGAGCAGUGGGAAUCAGCUCUUUCCCAAAAACCUGCUGAUCACAAAAAGACUUCCGGCCAACGGCGCGGGGGGCGUGGCACCGCACGUGAAGAACGGAGGCUGGGGGGACAUCAGGGAUCACGAACUGUGCAAAAGUUACGUUCGGUUACAAUGA